UACUUUAAUUUUAAUUUGUUUAAGAUGGAAACUAUCAAUCGUAAAGUAAUUUUUUUGGGUGAUCAAGGUGUGGGAAAAACUAGCACUAUUACUCGUUAUGUAAAAAAGUCGUUCCGGAAUAACACAACACCAACCUUGGGGUGUUUUUCUUUCGUUUAUGAACUUGUCAUAGAUACUAUCACCGUCAAAUUACAAAUAUUGGAUCCUUCGGGUCAAGAACGCUUUAAAAGCAUGCUCCCCAAGUUUUAUCGCGAAGCAAACGCCGCCAUAAUCGUCUUUGACAUCACUUCACACCAGACAUUUAAAAGCGCACAAAAAUGGUUUGCUGAAUUAAAAAGAAACGUUGAAAGUCCGAUAGUCUUAUGUGUGUUAGGAAACAAAAUGGACUUAACAGAAAAUAGGCAAGUCACUACAGAUGAAGCCUACCAAUAUGCCAGAAGUAUAGGCGCUUCGUACCACGAAUGUUCAGCAAAGCAAGAUCAGGAGGGAGUUGAGGCAGUUUUUGAUGAUGUAGCUCGUAAGAUGCAAACACUGUUUGGGAACACUUGUACAAGAAACGAGGAAACUGUAAAUUUAAAUGAAAGGAGCACAGAACGUCGCGCAAACUGUUUUGAUACCCGGAAUUGAAAUUUAUAUUUGACGACAAAAAAGCAGCAACGCUAUGAAACCGUAUUAGAAAAAUAAAAAAAAAAUUGGUAAUGUAGUCGAUCACACAUAAUUCCGGUCACUAUGGUUGCUGAUACACAUUUGUAAUAUUAUUUUCAAAUGACAAGAAGGUUUGUAACUAAGAAAAUAAGCUCCAUCAGCUCAGACAGGAGUCACAUGUCCCUAAUUUCAUAAAAUAAAUAAAAAGAUGUUACUCAAUA